GCUUUAAAUUCAUCUUGAAAAUAAUUAUUUCUUGUGAUGGAGCUUCCCAAUAUUUGCGCAAACAGAAAAGACAAUUCCUUGGUAUCAGUGGCACCAUAAGAGUAAUGCCUCAUAUUUAAAUGGUAGGGUACCUAAGUGGACCUACAUAAAUGGGAAAACGGAGAGACAGACGGGGGGCAGGCACAUACUGUACUCAGAAAUCAGGGAAGUGAGCUCCAUCUGUUCCAGUUUUACCUUAAAUCCUCAAAAUUCAUCUUUUUUUAUCCCUGUGGCCUUCGACCUCCAGUUCAUUGCCUUUACUCUACAGUUCCUGUCUGUUUCUCCCCCCUGCCUCCCACAGGCUUCUCAACCGUGCGUCCACCUCCCUCUCUGCCCCUGACCCUCCCUUUUUGCUAUCGCUCCGUCGCACCGGCUCUCUCUCUCCCCCCCGUCGGCCAUGUUGGAGCACAUGUCCCGGCGCUCGCGCUCCCUGCUCUCCCUGUCCCUCACCUCCCUGGCUCUGGCGCUCUCCGUCCUGGCCUUCUGCACCUCCUACUGGUGCGAGGGGACCCACAAGGUGGUCAAACCGCUCUGCCUCUCCCCCGUCAAGAUGAAGAAGUGCGGCUCCGGCAGCAGCCAGUCCUCCGCAGAAGGUCCUACUCCUCCCUCCAAGAAAGAGUCCUCCUCCCCAUCUCCUGCCGUGUCUAACAGGACAGUCUCACAAAAGAAAAGGGAGGAGCUGGCUAGGAUUCGUCAAAGGCAACAGGCCAAUGCAGUGCAUUACAUCUGGGAGACCGGAGAAGACAAAUACAUGCUUCGAUACUUUCACACCGGGUUCUGGCAGUCUUGUGAAAAACAUAAUGACGGUGAGAAGUGUCGGAGCUUCAUUGAGCUGACCCCUGGAGAAACUCAAGGGGUGCUGUGGCUGUCUGUGGUGUCUGAGUUCAUGUACAUUAGCCUUCUUGCGAUGGGCUUUCUGCUGAUGUGGGUGGAGGUGUUGUGUGCAUGCGCCCACAAGGAGAUGUACGCCCUCAAAAUCAAUGCCUUCGCUGCCAUCUGCACUGUCCUGUCUGGAAUGAUGGGAAUGGUAGCGCACAUGAUGUACACCACAGUGUUCCAGAUGACCGUGAGCGUAGGGCCCAAAGACUGGAGGCCCCAAACCUGGGACUACGGGUGGUCAUUUGCUUUGGCUUGGAUCUCCUUCAGCUGCUGCAUGGCGGCCGCUGUCUUCACCCUCAACUCCUACACUAAAACCGUCAUCGAGAUGAAGCACAGGCAGAGGCUGCGAUUGGAGGAGGCCCGCGCCAGCCACGCCCCUUCCUAUGAUGAGGUGGUGCCAGGGGGCGGCGUCUACUCGGUGAGCGGCCUGAUGCAGUGCCAGGCCGGCCUGAUUGACAAGGCGUGGGCCGCGGAUGGAGUGGGAGAGGCGCCCACCCUCAUGCUGGUCGGGGGCUGCGGGGCGGAGGGAUGCGUGGACUGCGAGAGAGAGCUGGAGGAAAUGGAGGACACCAUGGAGAGGGACACAGAGAGGGAGGAGGGGUUCUCUGUGUCCAGAGAGGAGGACGGUGGGGCGGACGAAGUCCAGGAGGACAUGGAUGCCUUCUGCUAACAGAUUUUUUGACUAAAGGGGAAGAAGACAAUAGAAAGAAGACUGGGAUUAAGAUGGAGGGAAUAAAUUUGGGGUGUGUCAAUGAAGGAAAGAGGAUCAUAGUUCAUUAUUGGGCUGAACAUGACAGUUUUAUCAGAGACUGAUAAGUAAUGACAACAUUUACUUUUAACAAUAUUUUUUUCAGCUGAGAUGGGAAAUAGAUACUUCCUCACCCUGUUAGGGGCAACAGGUUUCUUAAUUGCUUAAAGAGGAAACGUUGUCUCAGUUGUGUUUCCCACAAAAAAUAUUUUUGAUUAUUAUUAUUUGUUUUUAUGCUUAUUCUUAAUAUUUGUGUCAUUAUUACUAUGAUCAUCAUCACCACUAUUAUGCUGAGAAAGUGCUGUCUCAGUAUUUUCCACAUAUCAUCAACACUGCUUCAUUUCUGAGGUGCAUUGCCUGAGAAACCCAGUGGAUCUAUACUUUACCAUUACCUUUUAUGAGCCUUUAGACUACACUGUGGGCUGUGGUAUGGUACAUAUAGUAAGACCUGGACUGAAAAAAGGACAUAUGGCCCAAAUCUUUCUUGUAACACGUAAUCAAGUUGUGCUAUGAAAGGUAUUCUUCCCUAUAAACUUCCUCUCAAUUUGCUUUUAUUAUUAGAAGAAUCCCCCACUAAAGGUCUGUGAUUUGAUAUGCAUUGUUUUGUGCUGUGUGUAGCAGGUGCUGUGUUUACAGUGUCCCUGUGCUUGAAAUGGUUAGUGAUUGACGUCUACCUUCUGAAAUCCAGUAUGCGUCAUUGGCCAAUUUACAGACCAAUCAGGUGAUGGUAAUAUAUAUCUGUCUUAUAGGAACACAGAAAGGAGACAUAGAAAGGAGAGCAGCGUGCUUGAAACACUGAUAUUGGUUAUCAAGCAAUGAGGCUAUUGCUGUG